AUGCCUUCCUAGACUUCACAAACAAUCCCAUGCUUUCUUUGCAUGUGUAUUUAACCAAAGCUUUUGCUAACUCACAAACAUUAUUAUUAUUAUUAUCUCAAUCUGCUUAUUCAAUUUCAAGAAAUUGCUCACAUGGAAACCCAGAUGAAGAAUCAAGAUCAACAUCAAUUAUGGAUGAUAGAUGAAGGACAUGAAUUAGAUCAUGGUGAGAUAUAUGAUAACAGCCACUCAUCUUCAUCAUCACUUUCAUCAUCCAUUGGUGAAGGAUCAACCAUCUCCAAUGGAUCUACUUGUUCAUCUUCACUAGACACAACAGAUGAUGCAUCUUCAUCAUGUUCACCUAAUUCUGAUGAAGCUUUGUAUGACUUAUCAUCCCUCAUGUCACAAUUACCCAUCAAGAGGGGACUAUCAAAGUUUUAUCAAGGCAAAUCACAGAGUUUUACAUCUUUAUCAAGAGUGACAAGCUUAGAAGAUCUUGUCAAGAAAGAAUCACCUUACAAGAGAAAGAUGAAGUCUUGCAAGAGCUAUGGUGCUGGAUUAGAUUCUUACAAAUCAUAUACUCUUCCUAAGGCAACUAUAUUGAAGAAAGCCUCAAGGAACUCAUCAUUUUCAGCAUCUUGUACUAAUGGAAAGACAAGUUUUAUCAGCAGGAGCAGGCCCCCUCUGGUUCCUGUUCAUAGAACCUAGGGUAUUGUAGUAUCAUGUCAACUUUGGAUUAUUAAUCCCACCUUCAUCAAAGAAAGUGGACCACAAAAGAUGAAAAAGAAAAUAAGGAGAGAGUACUAUUCAACAGAAAGAGAGAUUUAGAUAGAGAGUUUGUGUAUACUUCAAUUUUGAUAUGUUAUUGCAGAAGUAUAUUUAUUUUUA